AUGACAGCCAAAUCGGCCAGGGAUGACCGGAAGCUAUAUUGGGCUGGAAUUGCGACCUCCAUGGAACAGGCCUCGAACUUUGGUGACAUUCGAAAACUCAACCAACUUAUACGCCAAGUUAGCGGUAAGCCCUCUACACUGAGUGACUCAGUUCUCGACGUGAAUGGUGGCUUUAUUGCUGACAACUCGACCAAAAUCGAACGCUGGCGUGAGCACUUCGAGCACCAUCUCAACUUCGAUAUCCAACCUACCUCGCUCUUGCCCUCCUCUUCAGCGGAGUUUCUUCCCUCUGACACCUAUGCAGUGCCAUGCGAUCCCCCCUCCGAGGGAGAAGUCGAUGCCAUACGAAAGUUACGGAACAAUAAGGCGCCCGGAAAGGACGGUGUACUCGCUGAAAUCUUCAAGCCUUAUGUCGGCACCCUGGCGCCCUGGCUCCAUGAGGUGAUUGAACGAGCGUGGAGAGACGAGGUUGUUCCUGAUGACUGGGGCUUAGGCAUCCUUGUACCUAUCCUUAAGAAGGUAGAUAAGACGAGAUGCGAGAACUAUCGCGGCAUAAGCCUCAUGGACGUUGCUGCGAAGCUCUUCGCUAUUGUUCUACUCAGGCGAUUUCCGGCUGUGCGUGACUCAAGGACGAGGCCCAACCAAGCCGGAUUUCGUGCUGGACGUGGAUACGCAGACCAGCUAUUCACACUGAGGCGCAUUCUCGGAUUUCGCCAUAGCUGCCAACAACCGACGGCCGUCUGCUUCAUUGACUUUGCCGCCGCGUUCAAUUCCGUUCAUCGUGAGUCCCUGUGGAGGAUAAUGGCGCCAGAUGGUGUACCGGCAAAAAUCAUCGCCAUGAUUAAGACCUAUUAUCGCUCCACUACUACGAGGGUCCUGGUCAGCAACAAUCUUUCCCAACCGUUCGGAAUGCGGUCUGGCGUUCGACAGGGUUGUAUCCUGUCGCCCAUUCUGUUCAACUAUGCUAUUGACUGGAUCUUCGGGAGGGCCCUACACGAAGGUGACGGUGUUGAGUUUGCACCCGGACACCGACUGACUGAUCUUGACGAUGCCGAUGAUAUCGCCCUACUUGCUUCAAGUUUUGGUGAUCUGCAGUCUAUGGUGUCACGGGUGAACGAGGUCGCUAAAUGGGUCGGUUUAUCCAUAAACGCUGGGAAGAACAAAAUGUUUUUAAGCUGCAUCCCUGACCAGGAGAAGGCACCCCUCGGGAUUGGUGGCUGUCAACUUGAAGAAGUAGACAGUUUUAAAUACCUCGGGGAUAGGCUGCUAUCUAAUGGACAUAGUAAGGAGGACAUUAUCUCCCGAAUCGAUGCUGUCCGCUGGGUUUUCUCCAGCCUUCGGAAAUGCCUAUUGAACCGACGUGACCUCUCCAUCGCCACUAAGAUUCGCGCGUACCGUGCAUCUGUCCGGUCUGUCCUUCUCUACGGUUGUGAAUGCUGGGCUUUGCGCGUGGAGGACGAGCGAAAACUGGAGGUAUUUGACCACCACUGCUUGAGGACCAUCCUUUGA